CCGGACGGACAUAUUAUGUCGCUGAUAGUUUGUAAGUUUUGUUAGUUUGACUCAGUCCACAAAGUACCCUCAACCUAUCAAUAUCGUGUCCCUUUCGGUUUUUUUUUCGCAUCCUCGGUUUUCAUGUCAGUCUUUCCAUCGAUCGAGUCAGUUAACGUUAUAGCACAAGAUAAGGCACACUCAAAGCACGGUACUUCGUCGUCAUUCGUAACACUUCCUAAGUUCCGAGGUUCUCUGCGCCGUCUAAUGCUGUCGCGCUGCACAUGCGACGAAUCACAGGUAGAGAUUCGACUAUUUAGGAGCAUACCAACGGAUAUCUGAAUGAAUAGCGGCAGUUUACGUUCAAUAAGUUUUGCGAAAAACGCGCAAUAGCGAUGUCAGCACAUGGUGAGGUCCGAGAUACCGUGCGGCCGAAGAUUCUCAAGUGCAGUGAAAGUGUCAUUAAAAUGAAAUACAAGUGCUACUCAUUAUGAUGUUUCGGACGGAUCAAUCCGAAUGUUUUAGUGGGGCUUGCCAACUUUUAGAGGCUUCUAGCGAAUAAAUAUGUUUAACAAAGUUGUAUGUGGAUUGUGGCUAUUUUUUUAGUUUUAUUUGUGUAACUCAGUUUAUUUAGUUAGCGCAAAUCACUAACUUAUACAUACUGGAUCAUAUUAGCAUCAACAACUGCAACCAUAACUACGGUAACGAGCCUCUGGAAGGAGGAGCUAUGUAUAUAUCAUGCGAGAGCGCCGGUAGUACAACUUCCAUGGAGCCGGAAACGGGAUACGUCCCGAACAAUCCCCUGUUUGGAGUGCCCCUCGACAGUCCGCAGGAAUGCCCAUCUUCUUGCGGCGGGAGCGGUUGUUCUAACUGUCAGGAGAGCACAUCUUUACCAUUGCCGGGGCUGCCCGGAUCGGAUUUCAUCGAUUGCGGAAACUGUCUCGACCACAACGGUGCGCUCAGCUCACAAACAAAUCUAGGCAAUUACUGGAGCGAAGAUAUGAGCACAUUUCCGGGACUGCCACCGUUGGACAUCGACCCGCUGCCAAGUUUGUUUCCUUUCUCGCCGUGCGGGGCAAGCUACAACAGGCCCGAACGGCCAACACACGACGUAGCGGACGUACUACUUUCUCUGAAGCAUGCCGUUCUAAAGCAGAGCCCGGAUCCGCAACCGAUGCAAGCUCCAUCGCCAAACUUCGCUCCACCGCAGGCUUCACUCUCUUAUACUGUGCACCCACCGAUGCUCUUGUCGCCCGUUAGUCACCACAAUCACAAUUCGCACUACAGUCAAGCUCAAUCUCAAAGUGGAUCUGCGUAUCCUUCGAACUACUACGAAUCGUCCUGUGCACAACAUUCGACGCCAAUAUACCCAAGCAUGAGCGUGAACGUAAGCAUGAACAUGACCAUGCAUGGUUACGGUGCGGAGGGAUCUAUGCCAAUGCAGUGUCCCCAGAUGCAGUGGGGACAUCAAACGCCGUCGUCUUCGGUCAACGUACUUUAUCCCCCGCUGCUUAGUCCGGUGCCGUAUCCGGCUGGUGCUACUUAUUCGUUCACAGCGGACUUUAGGCCGCAAAAUCAAACACAGAAUUUAUCGCCGAUAUUGGAAUCUUCUAAAAGCUCCAGUCUUCAGUCACAUCAUCCAAAAACGUACUACCAGUCAGGUACGGACUAUUCUCCGCCAAAGAGCCCCCAAGAAUUUGAACAAACCGAUUUUCAGCUCAAAAUGAAAACUGAGAAAUCUCUAGGCCUAACCUUUGAGGAAGAGGACGGCAGUGGUAGCGACGGUCAAACUGGGGACAACAAACCCAACCUGUGUCGGUUAUGUGGAAAAACAUAUGCCCGUCCCAGUACGCUCAAAACGCACCUUCGAACGCACUCCGGCGAACGGCCAUACCGUUGUUCGGACUGUAGCAAGAGCUUCAGUCAGGCGGCGAAUUUGGCUGCCCACAUUCGAACCCACACAGGCCAGAAACCGUUCCGGUGUCCCAUUUGCGAUAGGCGGUUUUCGCAGAGCAGCAGUGUGACGACGCACAUGCGCACUCACUCUGGCGAACGGCCAUAUCGGUGCCGUGCGUGCAAGAAGGCAUUCAGCGAUAGCUCAACACUUACCAAGCAUUUACGAAUACACAGCGGGGAAAAACCUUACCAGUGCAAGUUGUGCUUGUUGAGAUUUUCUCAGUCCGGUAACUUGAACCGGCACAUGCGUGUGCAUGGAACCAACGGACAAGCGCUGGUAACAUGACAACAAAAACAAAUGCCGCAGCCAUCUUCACAGCAUCAUCCGCCCGGAAUCUAUGGUCAUCCAUACACUCCAGCACAGAACAACGCCCACCACCACUACAGCCGCACGACGUCAACACUGACGAACAUGGCAGAAGCUUGUGCGACAACAACAGGACAAACACCGUCGACCACUGCUUCGAGUUAUCCCAGCGCCAUCUCUUUUCCGGUACCCGGUGGCAGUGCGGUCAGCAAUAAUGUGACCGCUGCUUCUCCGUACAACACGUUUAACUUUAAACCAUUCGCAGCAGCAUCCCACCAUCAUCACCAUCAUCAUCAAUUGUCCUACUUCGAGGAAUAUCACCACUAUCAACAGCAGCGCAACAAAUAUGAUGAUAUUAGCCUAUUUAGAAACAACUUUGUAAAUAUAUUCUAAGCUUAGCCAUUUCUUAUCACCAUGUGAGCAUCAUUCAUUCCGUUCUAGCAGCUCUGAUCGGUGAACACUAUUCGUCACUAAUCGCUAAUUCUAGUCAACUAAUGUCCACCGUAGAGAGGAAGAGAGAAACAUUCGAAGCUAUACACAACCAAUAGAGCAAAAGCAGUGGCAGUCAGGUGAAACGCCAUGAAGAAAACAGGUUAUCAAUUCUUCCGACGAAGAAACAUUUGUAGGUAUUAGGAAGUAUGAGUAACUGUAAUUGUUGUCUUGUAUGUUUCGCAUUUGAGUAAGGACAAGGGAGAGGUGAUGAAUCGUUUUUUGUGUGGUUCAUAACAAUUUUACGGAAAUAAAAAAGAAAUUAAUUCGA